GGCCGAUGCCACGCAAACAGCCUACAACAUGAGGAGCUGUGGGCGUCCGUGCCAGCCUGUCGUUGGCAAGUGUGGAGCAAUGGAGGAACGGCUGGAUGAACAGGGAGCAUGUCCCAGUCCCACAGCAGCCCCCGACUGCUGACGGAGCCUUGUGUGGAUCCCUGGCACAGACUGGUGUGACCGCUGCCCUGAAGAUGGACCGUCACAACAUGUCCUGGAUCCGCUACCCUAGCCACGUGUCCCCAGCUGUGGAGGAUGUCAUUGCAGCACAGAGCAUCAUUUCUAGGUGCACGCAUGUGUAUGUAGCGGUGUGUGUCCCGCUGAGCCUGGUGACAGGGCUCUUCUGUCUAAGCGUGUUUAUCCGGGAACGUACUAGGCUGGGGGUGCUGGACAGGCUCCUUGCAGGCCUCACAGUCACUAGCAUCUUAGUGACUCUACUGUCCCUCAAUGCUGCUGGCCGGCCUGACUACAUGGCCACGACAAACCUGGGCUGUGGGACACUCUCAUUCUUCUCCAAUGUCUGCUACUUUACAGCUCAGUACCUGCAGGGGGCCAUGCUUGUCCAGUCUCUUCUGCCGGGAUCUUCAGGCCGCCAGCUCUUGGUGAGGCCUGUGGCCAGUCUAGUUGCCAUCGGAGGCUGUGCUGUGUGUAGCUCGCUCAUCGUGGUGUCCCUACUGGGCACAUCUGGGGAGUUGCACGCAACCACUGUGUGCCAGGUGGAUCCACUGACGGCAUGGCCCGAAUAUGAGAUCGUCAAGUUCAGCCUGGGCUUCGCGCUUGCCAUGAGCUUUCAGAUGGUUCUCCUUCUCCUGCAUGCUACAUACCCAGCCUGGCGGGUGGCUCCUGCUCCGAGCGACCCAGCCUCUGGGCACUGGGCGGUACUGGCCGUGACUCUCAACAUGUUUGCCUGUAGACUCUUCUUCAAUGUGGUCCUCCUGCAUCGGGCCCAGCUGAAGCUUCGGAAGGAUGUGGGCUCCCCCAGGAAUGAGUUGCUCAUGAACCUCGCAGAGCUGGUCCUCUCUGGAGAGAGUUGCAUCAACUUGGUGGUCACCCUUGUCCUCCACACAUGGUGCAGGCUCAGGUUGCUGGGCCUCCUUGAGCGCCUGACACAGAGAUGCAGGUGGGGACCAGACCACAGCAUGCCCUUGGAUAGAGUAGGGGGCUAG